UAUCUGACAACAGUACUGCUACAUGUUUUUAUCCUCAGGUUCUUUUGCUGAUACUUUCUCCAUCACUGAAACCAGUUUGAAGGAAUUGACUAAAUCACUGAAUGCAGUGUUUAAUCAGUAUGUGAUUGUUUCCCGGGAAGAACUGAAGUCUCAAAAACGUGAGGCUCUGUAUGUAGUGGAAUGUAUACGUAAAAAUAUAGAAUCAAACGUACAGAUCUAUCCAGUUGGAAGUUGUAGAACAAAUCUCCAUGUAAGAGGGCGCUAUGAUUUUGACUUUCAGCUGCGACAUCUUGAUCAGUUGUUAUAUAACCUGGAAAUGGAUGAAUUUCAAGUGACUUGUAAUAAGAAUAGCAUACAGUUUAGGAAGAGCGUAUUUGAUGUAUGUAAGAGUUCUGUUGAAGAAUUAGAUAUGUUGCCAGGAAAACAUAUAGAAGCUAAAGAAGGUGUUAAGGCCAUGCAGAUAAGAAUCACCAACAACCAUACUAAUGCUAAAAUAAAAAUUGAUGUAGUGCCAGCUAUUGACGUGUCCAAUUCACAAGUUGUGUUGAAUAAACUGAAAAAAAUGCCAUUAGUGGUAAAGCAACUGGAGCUGUGUCAUAGUAACCUUGACCACCUAAGCAUAAGAAAGGUUCCUAUUGCUCAUAUCUUACCCAACGAAGAAAGGAAUGUUUGGGAACUUGACCUGACUCCACUUUGCAAACAUGUCUUGAGUCGUCUUUUUCAAAAUAAAAAGGCCAUCCGUAUACUUAAAUCACUCAGAGAUAAGAUGGAGUGGUACAAAAGUGGGUUUUAUAGCUCACACAUAUUUACUGUUAUUCUGCUCAGCUUAGAUUUAGAUCCUGAUAGCUCACUGGGCAGAAUCUUUGUCGAAGCUUUAUUGAAGCUGUAUAAAGCUUUGGAAAAAGGAUAUCUGCCAGAUAUAUUUCAUCCACAUAAAAACCACUUUGAACAAGUGACAACGGAGGACCGUGAAAGUAUCUUGGAAGAUAUGUUAGAAAAAUUUUAGAAUGCAUUAAAGAUGAUGCAAGAUGCAUUCUGAACUACUUUCAAAGUAAAUAAUGUAGAUUUUUGAAAGUGGCAGGAAAGUGAACUUGUUACCUUAAUUCGAUCUUAAUUUCAUGUUUUGCAAAUUUGUGUAUUAUUAUAUAUAUACAUAAAACUAAAGCCGUUCAAACUUACUUGAUUUGAUGCUAUGAAA